UUGGCCCCGGGGGCAGGGGUGCACAGAAGUAAACUUCCCCGCUUCAGGAGGAGCUCUGCCUGGCAGCGGCUGCAGGCUCGACCCGCGGAACGAUGACGGACCUGUGGGUGUCCCUGGCGGUGCUGGGGGUGGCGGUGCUCCUCAGCGAGUGGACCCGGCGGACCGCGGCUCUCCUCCCGGCAGCGGCCCGGGUUUACCUGCUGGAGGCGGCGUCCACCUUCCAGCUCUGCGGCUGCUGCCACGAACUGAAGCUGCUCGGGGAGUCCGGCCGCCUGGAGCUCCUGCUCGGCCUCACCAUCACCUACUCCAUGACGGUCGUCCACCUCCUGACCUUCCGCGGAGCCUCCUGCAACCCCAGCGGGGCUCUGGAGGGCUUCUGCCGGGGCAGCAGCUCCGGCAGGUCGGCCUCGGGGCUCAUCCUGUGCCAGUUCGGAGCCGCCGUGGCCGCGCAGCACUUCGCCCGGGCGGUGUGGUCCCUGGGUCUGUCCGAGCUCCACGUCCGGCACCAGAAGUUCGGGUUCCGGUGCUUCGACCCGCUGGGGGGGUCGGUGCUGGAGGCCGCGGCCGUGGAGCUGCUCUGCGCCUUGGCGGUCCAGGCUGUGGCCGCACAUGUGCACCGGGUUCCGGGGAAGCUCCGGGUCCACUGCUUCGCUGCGGUCAUCACGGCUCUGGUUGCUAUAGGUGGCAGUAUUUCAGGAGCAGUUUUUAACCCGGUCCUGGCCUUUUCCAUCCAGUUCCCCUGCAGCGGACACACCUACCUGGAGUACUGCUUCAUCUACUGGCUGGGGCCGAUGCUCGGUGUGGCGAGCUGCGUCCUGCUGUUCGAGAAGGUUCUCCCCUUCCUCUCUGGAAAAACCCCCGUGGACGUCCCUGCUGCUCAGAAACAGAAAACCCAGUAGCUGCGAAGUCAGAGUCGGGAAAGUUUAUAUUUUCCUUCUGUCGCGUACGACCGCAGCACAAACUGUUUUUAUAACACUUCAAUUAAAAGUUCUGACAAUAACUUCAAACGUUCACAAUAGGGUUAUAACUUCAGAUUUUUUACUAAAGCUUCCGAUCAACUUUAAAUAGAUUCUAUAAUUCUCACGACAGACUUGCGGAUGUGAGCGGUUGCCAUACUACGGGUCGGGGCCCCCUGGUGGUCGCGAAGCAUAUAGAUGACAAAGAAACAUAUUUUUGCCAUAAUUGUUCUAAUUUUUUAGAUGAUUUCCACUCAAAUCGAUUUACAGAAUCACAGGAAACAUGUUCACGUGGUUGAUUAUGUUUCACUUAAACAUCCUUAUGGAGGACGGGGGGGUGGGGGUGUCAAGUCUCUGGAGUUAUUAUGAGACGUUUUCUCAGUGUCAACAGGUCAUGUGACAUUCCUGUUAAAUACAUGAGCACAGUAGAAGCACACACGAGCCAAAGAAGCCGAUGUUUAAAAACACAUCAUUUAAACAGCUUUACUUGUAUCAUGUAAUAAGUGACCGACAAAGCACAAAGGGUUGAAUGGUUCGGUUUGUGUUUAGUUUGAUUUGGGUUCAUUUUGUCGCACAAUCGUUGACGUUCUACACAAACUGCACAGCUUGUUUUUCAAGAAUUUCUAAGAAAACAGUCUUUUAACUGUGAGGACACUUUUAGUUUUCCGUUUUUAAGUUUAAAAGACCAACAACUUUUACUGUUAAAUCUUUGUUUUCCUGCAAAAAUCAUGUUUGGCAUUUACAUUAUUUAAACUGAUGAAGGGAACCUGGUGUGAUAUCUGCGUGAGUUUAAUUAAUACGACUUAUUUUCAUGAUAUAUUGUUUUUCUUUGUCCCACUGGAGUUAUUCUUUGGUCUCAACUCUUCUGUUCCUCUGUGAAGGAUCAUUUACGUCUUUAAUACCUCGACAGUCUGGAUGUUCAUGAUAAAUUAAGUUUCUUGGAGUAAGACUUGACGAUUAUUUAAAAGAAAAUGUGAAUAAUUUUGUAAUUUAAAUGCUUUCUAAUACCUGAUAUUUUAAAUAUCAAUAUUUGUAAUAAAAACUUCCCUUUCUAUGACA